UCAAAUCAAAUCGAAGCGGCAACGCCGGCCAGCACACACACACUGGCGCACUCCCAAAAUAUUCAGGGUUUUUUUUUUACUUGCGGGUUUCCUGAUUUACUGAAUUCCAGGCUAUCCACCGUGAAAGCGCGGACUCACAUGAACUAGACAUGGAGUGGCACGAAGUGGAGUUGGACGGCAGCCGCACGGCAGCCUUCCCCGAGCGCGCCGUACCCGGAUUUGGCCAGGAGCCGGCGGAAGUGGAGACCGCCGACUACCUGGGAGGCAUCAUACGCGACGGUCAGUGGGGCUGGGUGACCUGCCGUUAUGGCCGGGACGCCACCCUCCUGGUAUGCAGCAUGUCCACCGGCGAGUGCUUCUCUUGGCACCGCUUCUGGAGCAGCGAGUCUGCAGACGAGGGACAUGGUAGCCCAGGACAUCGCAGCCGCAUCCGCUGUGUGGAGGAACUCUUUCCCGGUGAGCCGGAACGCACCGCGCUGCUGGCCAUCUGCCUGGAGUCGUGGGAGAGUAAAGAGCGCCCGACAGACGUAAAGACGGAGGUGCUCAUCUACUCGAUCCCCAACAGUCGAGUGCUUCGCCGCUUCCACCUGCCUGGUGGCCUGCACUGCAGCGCGCUUACCUUCCUUGACCUGGACAUCUGUGGCGCCUCGAGAGUGCGCCGAUUCGACGGCUGCCUGGCCGUGGCCACCAAGGAGGGCAUCGUCCUUCUGGUCGAUCUCAACGGCGGCAGCCUUGUGGAGCCGCCUGGACGGCGCCGCAGUCUGAGCAACUCUAGUUCCGAGGGCGACCCAUCCUGCGGGAAUAUUUUUAGCUUUCCCAUCGAGGAGCUUGUAGGAUGCGCGGACUCGUUGCUGGACGAAUGUCGCUCUAAAGGCGGUCAUAUGGCCGUGCGGUUGAGUGUGGCCCACAGCGGAAUUCGAAGCUUGAUGGGCAUCAGCUUGGCGCCCGGCUUUGCCGCUGGCCUGGAUGACGGCCGUGUCCUGAUCUACGACCUGAUGAACUUCCGUGUGACCACAUCCCUGCAACCGCCGGGAAGAAAGGAAGGUACUCACGGGGGCGUGCAGCGAAUGUGCCUCAUCAUGCCGCCGGACGACCCCAAGCCCUGCUUCUACAUAUGUGCAUUGUACCAAAGCUCCGACGGCCUUAACAUGUCGCUGCACUCCGUCAGCUACAGGCGCUCCUACGUGGAGCAGGCGAGCGACCUGUUCCGCUUCGAGCACUUCCAUUCCAGCUCGGUCCGCAACCACCAAGUCUUCGACAGAGGCGUUUGCUCCGUGAUCGGCUGCACUACGGCCUCCACUUUCAGCUUUGCUGGGGACAGCGGAACGCUACUAGUCAUCAUAUCCUGGCACUCGCGCACAGAUCGCAAGAACAGGGUUGUCCUGUUCGACAUCAACCAGUGGUACAAGGAAGAGAUGCCCCCAUGUCUGCGUCAUUACGAAACGCCCCAUUACCUUGCCGGCUAUAUACUCAGUGGUUUGCCCACGGGAUUGGGUUUGCAGCUGCGGUCCAACUCCAUUUUGCACUUUGUCUCGCUACAGCGCUACGAUGAGCACUUCUAUCCCGAUUCCCUGACCUUUGAUUGCACACUGCUUACCCCAACUGGCAGCCGCUACUACGCUCAGGACGGAGUGCAACAUCGAUUCCUUAACGCCCUGCGCUGGGAACGCGCUACGCUCUUUCUGCGACCACAGUCGUACCACGAGGAUAUCGUUCGCCUGCGCCUCCUGCCCCAGUUCUGCGAGCUCAACCCGAACGCCACGUUCUCUAAGACUGCCAUGUACGAAGUCAUUCUGUCGGUGGCUUUGGAGCACAAGUGCGGGGCCCUACUGAACGACUGCGCCCGCAGCUGGCUGGACGGCAGCUUCUUGUGCAACAUGCUCGAUCCCACGGAGCUCUCGCUGUCCACCCUGACCAACUGGAUCGUGAAGCGCGCCGGCCAAAUCAAGAUGCGCUGCUCGGAGCUUUGUCAGGGCAUAUUCGACUACGGCGGCUACCCCUUGGACGAGCGGGAGCGGCGUGAGUUCAAAGAGCUCUCUGCCCAGCUACGUGAGCUACUGCGUCUGCAAUCCUACAUUGUCGAACUGGGUAGGCGCCGACUGACGCCCUCCUUGCUAGCAGAGUGCAAGACCAACGAACAGGCGCUGCGAACAGUGCACGAGUACCAGAGAGUGCUUUACUGGUUCAUCGAACAGGGCCUCCUGCCGGAGGGCCAGCACGAGAAUCAUCAAGAUCUGCGCGAGCAGCCUCUGGUUCGCCUGCGGAAUGUUUACUCCGAGAGACGGGCUCAAGGAAAUAGACUGUACAUUGACUCUCUGGGGGAGCUGACCUCCCUAUCGGACUCCUAUCCGCCAGACUCGCUACAUUCGCUCCUGCGCGUGAUGCUCGAUCCGGAAACAGAGCCCUCUCGCAAGCAUGCUCUCAUUCUGUACCUAUUGCUGGAUCUGGACCCACAGCUGGGCAGGCGCUUUCAGACUGCCUUUCAACUGGGCGAAGAACUGGCCAAGUCGGUGCGCUCCUUUUGGUGCUUGGACCGCGGCGAAUACGAGCAAUGCGUCAAGGAGCUGUACAAGGACCCCGCUCCCGCCAACAACUUUGAGGAGUGGCAGAUGCGCCUGCUCCUAGAGACUCUGCUCGAUGGCGGCGCUGUCAAGGCGGCCAUGAGAGUGGCCAUCCAACCGCCUGGUCCCCUGUCAUCGGCUCUGCACAUGAGCGUGCUCCUGGCCAACGAAAACAUGCCGGAGGCCUUCCUGAUCGCCCGCCUCUACGACGACGAGGAGGAGGGACAGUCGCUGCUGGAGCGCUUCUUCCGCCACUGUAUCGAACGCAGGCGCUUCAGAGUGUUGGCCGAGUUGUGCCUGAGGGAGCCAGAGGAGCGGGUUUUAUACCGCCUGCUGCGCCAGUGCCGAUCCCGUCAGACGGAGUGCGUUCACUUGAUCCUGCUGCUGCAGAAGAGUAAGUUCAUCGAGGCCGUGUCCUUUAUGGACGACGUGGCCGCCGAGCGGGAGCGAGAGGACGAGUCCUCUAGCAGCAUUAUUUCUGCCUACCGGUCUACGAUGGCGCCGGUUGCCCAGAACAUUGCCGGCACUUAUCUCCGCAUCCGCGACACCCUGGACGGCCUGGAUGAUGACAAGAAGGGGGGCGGUCCUUUGCAGCCCUUCAGUUGCCAGCUGGUCAAACAGAACGCCAGCGGCCAGGUGGGCGGCAUCUUCCAGAGCUCCGCCGUCAGUGCCCACUGGGCAACGCACUUCGAGACGCCUCCAGUCUUGCCUCCCAUCUCAAUCCCUGCCAAAAUGGGCUACACGAACAUUCCCUUCCUUCGGCAUGCACAAUACGGACUCUCGGAGCUUCCCCACCGGCGUCGCAAGGUGCGACCAGUGCCCCACCAGGCGGUGGAGAAGCGUCAGCGGGAGCAGGAGGAGCAACAACGGGAGGUGCGCGAACGCAGGGAGCAGUACUCACUGCAGCCCCGUAAACGCCGCCGCCUAUUGGCCGAGCAAUUGGUUGAGGAUGUUAAGGGCCAUGUAAGAUCCAUACUAGACCAACAAGAACAGCAGCCGGGACUGAAAGAGGCGGAGCGAAAUCAGGCCAGCGAUCUCCUGCAGCCGCCAACUUUCCUUCAGACGCGACAGCCGACGACACGCCAAGGCAGCAGCUCGCCCCAGGGGAUUCUUACGAUCCUGAAGCGGCAAUCGGCCAUUAAUGCCGUGGGAGGCACUCCGCCGGUGGCUACGUCCACCACACUAGCGGGACCAAAGAGAUUCCGCUUUAUGCCGCCCAUUCCGUUGCGGAUGGAUGGAUCAAUGGAGGUGGACAGCGAGGAUGCCGCCGGGGAGGAUGAGGGAGAGGAGGAGGAAACCGACGAGAUUAUCGUGGAGAUCGAGUCCAGAAGCGAGCCGAGAAGCGCCUGCAGCGUCGAGUCCGACGAGGACGAGGAGUUCCUUUCUCCGUUGGCUUCGGCCAAUGUGUCUUUGGUGGACCAGUUGACAGUGCCGCCGCCGGAAUCUCCUAGACCUUUGGCGCCGCCAGCUGGCCCACAGCCACGUAGCUCUUUGCUUCAAAGGCGAACCGAAAUCGGAAGUGGACGUGGAAGUGGGACUGGGAGCGAGAGCAGCAGUGGAUUCGGCAGCUUUGCGACCGUCCGCCCGGCUCCAACGACAUCUCAUUCUCAGUUCGUGCCCACCAUCUGCUCCUCGAAGAUGGGCGAGACGCAGUCGCAGGUGUUCUCCAGCGGCAGCUGUGGGGUAAGGAUAUCCGAGCGCACGACCAUCUGUGGCGAAAUGGAAUCAACCGAUCUUGGUUCGGAGCUAACGACCGCACCUAGUUCGCAGUGGUCUCUGCCUGCAGCUCGGCCUGCUCUGCAGGGACACCGGAUGAUGGACACCACUCUGGGAAUGUCCACCUACGAUGUGGCGUCACUUGAGCAGCCAGACAUCCAGGUUCAGGAUCAAGAGGAGGAACUAAGGCUGGGCGACACGCAGUCGGUUGAGGAGCAGGAGCAGCAGAACCAACAGGAUGAGCAGGAGCCAGAGCGUUCGGAGAUGGGCGGACUGCUGGAAUACCUGGGCAGCUCGGAAGCACCUGUCCAGGAGCCCCUGUCCUCGCCCACCUACAGCCUAAGCAGCGAAGAGUCGGACCUCUCCUCGGCCGGCAUCCGGAACCCCCUGCUCCCCACGCUGCACAACGAUGACCCCAUGUACUCGAUCGUUGUAGAGUCGACAGGCUCCAUCACCACUUCCCGAUCGGUAACGCACACGCCCACCUCCUUCCUGCCAAGCGACACCAACGUCUCGCAGAACUCGAGUCCGAGGGCAGCACACGGUGCAGAGGGAGAUGGCUCGCCGAUUUCCCUGUACCGCGCAAAUAGCCUGGAAACGGUUGAUGACCUAGACACAACGAAGGGGUCGCUGGAGGAGGAGGAGGAGUACGAUGAAGAUGACUGCGUCGUUGCAUUGGACGGCACUGAGGUGCGCGGCUAUGUGGCCCGUCCGCCGCCAUUGGGGGCCUGCAGCAGUGCCGAGCUCUUUGCCUUCAAGGACGACUGCCCGGAGGAGACGACCAGCGGUCCCUGUCCCUCUCUUUCGCUUGGCGCCACGGUCAAUAGCGACUCGGAGGUGGCCGACACCAUUGUGCUGGACAGCGAUGAGUCGCAAUCGGAGCAGCAGAAGGAGGUAGAUUGCCCUCUGGAGGAGGAUGCCGGCAGCAACGAUUCUGUGGCAACAGUAGCGUUUAGCGAGAGCAAACAGAAUCCUGUUGACAACGAUAUGGAAGUGGAUGUAGUGGUGGAAGAACCACCCCUGCAGGUGAUUCCCAAAGACCAGGUGGGAAAAAAGCCCCUGGAGGAAAUUCCCGAAGAGGUGGCUGACGGUGAGGUCCAAGAGGAGGUCAGAGAGGAUCCCGAACCGGAGGCACUUUUGGUCCAAGAAGAGGAUUCCAGGCAGAGCCUAACGCUGGUACUUUCCGACGACGAGGCCGAGGAGCCAGCUGUGGCUUCGGUGCCCACUCGGUCUCUGCGCCAGCGUCGCGCCUCCUCAGAGCACCGGGAUAGCCCGCGUCCCCUGCGAUCGCGUCGCUCAUCCGUGGAGCACCAGGACAGUCCCGCUCCGUUGGUUGCCCGCAAGAUGCGUCUGCGUAGUAAUGACGCCAUAACCUCGUCGCCCGCAACCACUCCGUCUGUCGCCACGCCCAAACGCCGAGCCUUGCAGCACAAGCACCUGCUGGAGGUGAUUGACGAGCAGAGUUCCCUGGACGCUUCGGUGCCGCGAACCCGCUCCCGCUCGCGCCUUAGCGUGGACUCGGAGGCGCCGAAUUCCAGACCCACCACGCCCACAACUAGGGUCCGCGGCAAGCGGUCCACCUCACUGGCGCCCACGACCGAGAGUCCGAGUGUCCGGCGUUCGCUGCGUGGCAACAGCGAGCCACCAGCCGCGGUGGGAGUGCAACUGCCCGUGCGCAAACAGAGGGCGGUUGGCGUGAGAUCGCGCAAGACGAGCCAAACCGAGCAAUCCCCGCCUGCAUCGCCGGCUCCGACAGAGGUGCCUCCAAUAGUCGCCGAAGAAUCCGAAACGGCGAAGGAGGAGCGACCACGUCCUCGUCGCGUCGGCAGAAGGCGUGUCUCCGACCUGAGCGAUCAGUCCGCCAAGGCCGCGGCCACAGAUGUCCCUGGCCCUGGCCCGGAGCCCACUAGUUCGAGGACCAGCUCUAGGACGAACUCCGCCAACAGCAUCACCAACACCAAGACCCGGGAACUGCGUCCGCGCACGCGUCGCACAUCGAAGUCGGAGGUUUAGCCUCCGCGUUUCCUCUGUUACCGUAGUCACUAGAAGAUCGUUCGUCGCUUGCGGAACCCACGGAGGGUAUGUGCGACUGCGCAACUCGACUAAACCAAAUUGCAACAGCACCAUUUUAAAGAAAAGUCAUGGAGAAUGAAGCCGACAAGUAAGAAACGGCAUAGAUGCAACGGUCUAGAACUCUAGAGUCACUUUUACUUUGUUCACCCUAAGUACCAAUUUUAAUUGGCAUACGUUUUGAAUGUUUAAUAAAUCAGUUGGAGUUGAAGAA